CAUGACAGAGCUGCUACCAAAGUAUCUUCAGAGGGAGAUGUAUGGUGUAUUUCGUCUUGCAUGGAAGCGUGCUGAGGAAGAUACUAAAAGGAUGAAUCCCAAGAAAGACAACCUGACUACAAUGCAUGCCAUAGCUUUACGCAUAUACAGUAAUGACGAUCCCAACAUUCAUGAACGUCUGAAUAAGGAGGUGCGUGGAAAGAAAGAGAAGUACAAAAGUGUAGAUGGUUUUAGGUUCCAUUCUCUUCACUUCCUGCUUACUGAUGCUAUACAGCGCCUGAAUAGGCUGAAUAAUGAUUGUGUAGUCACAUAUCGUGGAACCAAAGACACUUAUACACCUCCUAAGGGAGAAGUUCGCUUUGGUUUCUUCACAUCCACCUCUACGAACAAAACAGUGCCUCUCACAUUUGGCAACAAGACAUGUUUUGUAGUGAAAACAUGCCACGGUGCUCCAAUAUCCAAAUAUUCUAAAUUUCCUGAUGAGCAGGAGGUGCUUAUUCCACCUUAUGAGCAAUUUAAAGUUAUCAAAAGGAAUGCAAAUCCAAAAAUCAAGCCAAAAAAUGAAAUAAACUGUGAUGUUGUUUAUCAUCUGGAAAGUAAUGGCAUACUAAGCAAUUUGAGGUGUGCCUUAUUUGGGAAGGAGGGUGAAAGAGAAUGGUAUAAUAGCCAUGUACCCUAUUGAUUAUAACCUGCUUAUUGUACAUCAACAUGUUAAGUGACCGGCUUUUCAGUGUAAACUAUUUAAGGCUUAGUUAACACACCUUUCUUUUCCAUUGGCUACGUUUAGCCUACAUGACGUUUUUAAUUCCAAAUUAAUAAUUCAGAAUUAAAUAGUUCCGUCGAGUUUACUUUGAUCUUUCAUUUCAUUCCGAAUUGUGAAGUGUUUACAUGAUGUUUCCCAAGCGGAAUUAAGCUUUAAGAGAGUUGAUUCUGAAAUGUGUCACGUAAACGUAGCAGUUGUCAUCCAAGUUGCCUUAAACAAUUCUCUGAAUCUGUAUUUUAGCGGGUAUGUACAUGUAGGCCCUAUAUCAACAUCCUUGUAUGCUUGUUUUGUAGCCUCGUCAACUAGACGAACCCAAGUGGCAGAAAAUACAGUAUUGUUUUUGUCUGGCAGGUUGGUCAAGGUUUGCACCAUAGGGGAGCUGGCUGGGUUUGUCCUCCAGUCACAAUGCCCUAUGUACCGAGUUUGUGCAUCGAGUGUGUGUGUCUGUGUGUGU